AAAGAAGGCAACGAAACCCUCUUUGCCUAAACCCCAAUAAAACAAAAAACCGUGCUUGAACAAUCAUGCGAAACAGAAACAGAGCUCCAAAAAAUUCAGUUACUCAGGAAAAAGAUAGUAGUAGUUACUAUGAAGGGGAACGUCUUGCUCGUUUGCUCAAAUCAAUUCACAAAGAAAUAGAAUCAACAAAAACUUUGGAAGGAAGCUCGCUUCCCGAGAAAUUUUGGUUCAAGCAACAAUUUGCAAUUGGGGUCAAUGAAGUUACUCGUGUUCUUGAACGUAUGUCGCCUGUGUCCGAGAGUGGAAGCUCCCUUCAACGGUCUCAUGCUAUCAACAAUCACAAAGUGCCUUCUGUUCACCUUCAGGCCAUAUUAAUAGCUUCUGAUUGCAACCCAAAAUGGCUAACAAGACAUCUACCAAGUUUGGCUUCGUCAAGGAAGGUGCCACUGAUCUUUGUCAAAGAUAAACGAGGAGGAUCCUUGAGAUUAGGUGAACUUGUUAAGCUAAAAACUGCAAUUGCCAUUGGAGUGAAAGCUAGAGGAAAUGCUAUCAAUGAAAUUGUGGGAAUUCUUUGCGGAAAUGAAACAAACCUUGAUACAGACAAAAUUGAAUGAGACGCCUUCCACGCCCUGUCAAUGAGCUUGCCGUCUGUACAGACGUGCAUUAAGUCAGGGUAGAAGGGCGGGAACAAUAGAACUGAAUUGGGAAUGAGCUACUGCGAUCACAAAGUUUGGCUUAUAGACAUUUUAUAAUUUUGGGCGAAUGUUUUCUCUCCCAAGAUAAUGAACAAGGUUGGCAAUCGUGGUCCAUGCUUCUUGACGUGCUUGCAGAAGAAAACUUGAGACAAAGGCUUCACUUGGUCACUUUGCUUACUAUUUCUCACAAUCCUUUGUCGGACACUUCAACAUGUCUAGUGUUAUAUCAAAUUACAAUCGAUCCAGCAUUCACUUUGAGUGCACGAGUCGACCUUCCAAGAGAUAUGGUAGUUUUUUGUACAUGUCCUCUUUUAUGCUAGGCAGUUUUCGCAA